GGACCGGAAACCCAUGGGGGAGACCGGGGGAAGUGGUGAGCCUGAAGGACCGGAAACCCGUGGGGGAAAGUAAAAGCGGCGGAACAGAAAUCGCCCGGGUCAAACGGUUCCCCCGGAAACAGGAAUUGCUGAGAGGAACUGGAGUUUUGCCAUGACGAUCGUUAUCGGAUUUGAGGGGAGUGCCAAUAAAAUUGGCGUUGGCAUCAUCAAGGAUGGGGUGGUGUUGUCCAACCCGAGAAGGACUUACAUUACACCACCCGGACAAGGUUUCCUCCCCAGGGACACAGCAAAACAUCACCAGGCCUGUGUUCUGGAUGUGACGAGUGAGGCGUUGGAUCUGGCAGGUAUCAAACCGCAGGAGAUUGAUUGUAUUGCUUACACAAAAGGCCCCGGGAUGGGAGCACCCCUGGUUUGUGUUGCAAUCGUUGCCCGAACAUUAUCCCAGCUUUGGAAGAAACCGCUCCUGGGGAUAAACCACUGUAUCGGACACAUCGAGAUGGGCCGUUUAAUCACAGGAGCGAUAAACCCGACAGUGCUGUAUGUCAGCGGAGGGAACACACAGGUGAUUGCAUACUCAGAACGCCGGUAUCGAAUUUUUGGUGAAACGAUAGAUAUCGCGGUUGGGAACUGUUUGGAUCGAUUUGCCCGUGUCCUGAAGAUCUCCAAUGAUCCAAGUCCCGGGUUCAACAUUGAACAAAUGGCUAAGAGGGAAGCUGCACACCGCAUGCUGGCUACUGGAGACUGCACACCUGAGGACCUCUGCUUCUCACUGCAGGAGACUGUGUUUGCCAUGUUAGUGGAGACGACAGAACGGGCAAUGGCCCAUUGUGGAUCAGAAGAAGUGCUGAUUGUCGGGGGGGUCGGAUGUAAUCUGCGCUUGCAGGAAAUGAUGGCAGCGAUGUGUGAGGCAAGAGGAGCCAAAAUCUUCGCUACAGAUGAAAGGUUCUGUAUCGAUAAUGGUGCUAUGAUAGCGCAGGCUGGAUGGGAGAUGUUCCGGGCAGGCCAUGUGACUGCGCUGGAGGAUUCGUGGAUCACACAGAGGUACAGGACAGAUGAGGUGGAGGUUACGUGCGGGAGUUAA